CUUCCUGGAACUGAAACAAGACUGUCUCUUUUGUUUUCUUCGUACUAUAGACUGAUAAAUAACGUCAUAUCACUAACAUAAAAGUCCAAAUGAUUAAGGGCAGGUACUCUGUACUAUGUCAAUGACUAAAUUAAUGUUUACCAGUUUCAGACACACCUAUUUCUUUAGGUUCUUCCUGCUGGCAAGACCUGCCCUAAAAAAGUUCAUUAGGAUGAUGUUUUCCAUUUCAAAAUCUUCCUUUCUUAUCCCUGCCAUCCUCCUCCCAAUCAGGCAUCAGAAGAAAAGAAGUUGCCGAGUGGCGGAAUGUUCGAAUAAGGCAGCUUCUGGCUUUCCUAACUUGGCAAGCACUCGCCCUCCAAUCUCAAACAUCUCGGCUCUGCCCACAGGAAGCACCAUUAUGAAAUAGAGCGACUGGAGAUGGAUUUUACGCUCAAAGCUUGCUUAAAUUUUCUGAAGUUGUGCAAAAUAAAGUACUACAAUUAUUGUCUCAUUCAUAAUGUACAGAGAGAUUUUAUUAUACAAACUGGUGAUCCUAUGGGAACUGGCCGAGGAGGAGAAUCAGUCUUUGUACAAUUGUAUGGUGAUCAAGCAAGGUUUUUUGAGGCAGAAAAAAUGCCAAGAAUUAAGCAUAAGAAAAAAGGCACAGUCUCUAUGGUGAAUAAUGGCAGUGAUCAACAUGGAUCUCAGUUUCUUAUUACCACAGGAGAAAAUCUAGAUUAUCUUGAUGGUGUGCAUACAGUGUUUGGUGAAGUAACAGAAGGAAUGGAUGUAAUCAAGAAAAUUAAUGAAACCUUUGUUGACAAAGACUUUGUACCUUAUCAAGAUAUCAGGAUAAAUCAUACAGUGAUUUUAGAUGAUCCCUUUGAUGACCCAGCUGGCUUAUCAAUUCCUGAUCGAUCACCAGAGCCAACCAAGGAACAACUAGAUAGUGGCCGAAUAGGAGCAGAUGAAGAAAUUGACGAUUUCAAAGGGAGAUCAGCUGAAGAAAUUGAAGAAAUAAUGGCUGAAAAGGAGGCAAAAACUCAGGCUAUUCUUUUAGAAAUGGUGGGAGAUUUACCUGAUGCAGAUAUCAAACCUCCAGAAAAUGUCCUGUUUGUGUGCAAAUUGAAUCCAGUGACCACAGAUGAAGAUCUAGAAAUAAUAUUCUCAAGAUUUGGACCCAUAAAAAGUUGUGAAGUUAUUCGUGACUGGAAGACAGGAGAAUCCCUUUGUUACGCAUUUAUUGAAUUUGAAAAGGAAGAAGAUUGUGAAAAAGCUUUUUUCAAAAUGGAUAAUGUGCUUAUAGAUGACCGAAGAAUACAUGUAGAUUUUAGCCAGUCUGUUGCAAAAGUUAAAUGGAGAGGGAAAGGUGGGAAAUAUACCAAAAGUGACUUCAAGGAAUAUGAAAAGGACCAGGAAAAAUCUAAAUUUGCUCUCAAAGAUAAAGCAAAACCCAAACAGGAUGCAAAAUAUGAUCUUGUGCUGGAUGAAGAAACAGAAGACUCUAAAUCAAGUCAUUCACACUCAAGUAAAAAACAUAAAAAGAAAAGUCGUCAUUGCUCUGAAGAGGAUUAUUCCACAGUGAAAAAUUCUAAGGCUUCCAGUUGGGAAUGGCAUCAUAGGAGACACGAAGAAGAGUAUUGUAAAGAGAAGCGGAAAAGUGAAAAAAGGGAACGGCCUCAAAGUCGCAGUCGCAGCCGCAGCCGCAGCCGGGAUAAAGAUGUCUACUCUGGCAACAGUAGAUCUAAACACCGAACAGAACACCGUGAAAGAGAAAGGGAUAGGAGGAGAGACAGAAGCAGAAGUCCAAAGAAAGUUAGAGACAAAGAAAGAUCUAAGCACAGGUGAAGGAAGACCCAGCAGAAAAUGGCUUUUAAUUUUUCUCUGGUGUGACUUAUGCUAAUUAAGGACUUGUCCAAUCACAAGAAUCAGAGACUAUUCUUACCUUUUAUCUGCUUAAAUCUUUCACUGGAACUAUCUAGACAUUUUCAGUGAAUGAAAAGUAUAGAGGAUAGUGAAAGACUCAAUAAAAGAUUUUUAAGAUU